AUGGAGGCCGGGGUGGCGGCGGGCGCGGAGCCGGCGGCGGGCGCGGAGCCGGCGGCGAGCGAGGCGGAGGCGGGGACAGAGCCGGCGGUGGUGGCGGAGGCGCUGCGGCUGCUGCGGAUCGAGCCCUCGGCCGCGGGCGAUCCCAGCCCGGGGCGGGCGGGCGACGCGGCGGAGCCGGGCUCCGUGUGUGCGGCGGAGCCGUGCUCGGUCCGUGCGGCGGGUUCGGGCUCGGGGCUCGGUGCAUGCGGCGGGUUCGGGCUCGGGGCUUGGUGCGUGCGGCGGGUUCGGGCUCGGGGCUCGGUGCGUGCGGCGGGUUCGGGCUCGGUGCAUGCGGCGGGUUCGGGCUCGGGGCUCGGUGCGUGCGGCGGGUUCGGGCUCGGUGCAUGCGGCGGGUUUGGGCUCGGGGCUCGGUGCAUGCGGCGGGUUUGGGCCCGGGGCUCGAGGAACGCGCUGCGGAAGCGGCGGCGCUGGCAGCGCGUUCUCGCCGCCCGGCGCGGGAAGCGGCGGCAGGAGCGGCAGCGCCGCCGGGCGCGGCGGCCGGCGGGGGACGGGAGCGGGGACGGCGCGGGAGCGGCGCUCGGCAGCGGCCCCGGCGGGCCCGGACCGCCGUCCCUCCGCCGCGGGAGGGUCCCGGCCGCCCUGGCCACGGAGCGGCUGCUGCAGGCGCGGGCGGCGGGGCCGCGGCUCUGCGUGGACCUCGGCGUGGGCGGCGGCAUGAGCGAGAAGGAGAGCGGCCGCCUGGCCUCGCAGAUCCGGCGGCUCUACGGCGCGAACCGGCGCGCCGCCCGGCCCUUCUGGCUGUGCCUGACCGGGUUCGCGGCCGGCACGCCCGUCUACGAGCAGUGCUUCCGCAUGAACGACGGCUUCGAGCGGUACCUGAUGGAUACAACUCCAGAGAGUUACCUGGACCUGUUUCCUUUGGAGGCCAUUGUUUAUCUCACUCCUGACUCUGAGAACGUGCUGCAGGACAUCGACCCGAGCAAGGUGUACGUGCUGGGAGGGCUGGUGGAUGAGAGCAUUCACAAGCAGCUGACCCUGCGGAGGGCGCGGGAGCAGCGCCUGCAGACCGCCCGGCUGCCCAUCCGGGAGUACAUGGUGCGAGCCCCCAACUCCAGGAACUACCACUGCGAGACCCUGGCCAUCAACCAGGUGUUUGAUGUCCUGUGCACCUUCUACGAGACGCGGAGCUGGCCGGCAGCGCUGAGGGCCGGCGUGUCCUCUGGCAAGGGCUACGUGCUCCCGGACACGGCGGAUCAGGUGGAGACAGCCCGGAGCGCCACUGCUGCCCAAGGAAACGCUUUAUUUCACGGGGAGGAGCUGCACGGGCAGGAAGCGCCAGCGUGACCGUGCACGGCAGACAGCUGUUUGCAGCAGGACCUCGUUGGAGCAACGCCUUCUACCUCAGGACUGCGGUGCUGGACAUCGCCGUGCCCCCCAGCAGGAAGGAAAGCCUGGGAUCAAGUGAAAACUGACAGGAAUUCAGUUCUUUGCAGCUGUUUGUUUGUGACUCCUUCACCUGCGCGUGUUCUGAGGUGGGGAGGAGAGCUUUAGGGUGUUUUCUGCAUUUUAUUGAAACAGAGUAAGGUGCAGUUGGGGUUGCAAAGCUUUUGGGGAAGGGAGAGGCCCUGCCAUGGGACAGGAGAGUGCUGCUCCUGCAGGAGAAGGCGGGAUGGGGAGCAGCUCCCAAGGGCACUGUGGCCCAGCAGCUUAAACCCACGGACACUUGGUGGGUUGUCGAAGCCUUUGGCUACCUAAUAUAAAAUAAAAGGUUUAGAUCCCCAUUGUGUCCCUGCUGAUGAGGGGUGCCUCGUCACAGCUGGCACACGCAGGGCCCUGAGCCCCGUGUCCCUGCUGGGAGGCACCUGGGCCUGGCUGUGCCCUGCACGGAGCAGGGUCAGGUGCCAAGCCGCAGCAGGAGUGUGUUUGGUGCAGCUGAGCCGAUGCGUUACCUCAGCCACUGCUGCCUCCUGGCCAGUGGCAGCAGGCCCUGCAGGCCAUCUGAGGUAAGUUUGGUUAUGUGUUUUCAUUCCUGUCUCACAGCAAACCCUUUCACAGCCCGGGGUGUGUGACA